AAGAAAACAGAACACGAAGAAGAAAGCUAUCAUCAUUGGAGUUAACACACAGCUCGUACAGCACGUAGUGCAUACUACUUUUCCAUUUAAACAUGUAUAUUUCUAUGAGGUAACUAGGUUAACGAGUGUAGAAAUCAAUAAGUUAAUUCCCCAGGGGUUAACAUUAAAGGUUAGCUGGUCGAUACAGUAACGCUAGAGUUAGGUUAUCUGCUGCUUCGUUGCUAGCUUAGCUAGCUUCUGAUGUGCUAACUAACGCUACUUAGCUUAGUUAAAAAGCUGAGCGUGUUAAGUCAACUCAGUCAGCAAGAGGCAACGAUUCAUAUCAAAAGCGGCAACAUUAUAGACAAAGCAUGGCGCUCAAGUCAGGAGAGGAGCGUCUGAAAGAGAUGGAGGCUGAGAUGGCUCUUUUUGAGCAGGAGGUUCUUGGUGGUCCGGUGCCAGUGUCAGGAAGCCCACCUGUCAUGGAGGCAGUACCAAUAGCUCUUUCUGUCCCAGCUGUUCAAAUGGUGCGGCCCAUUAUAGGCACCAACACCUACAGACAGGUCCAGCAGACAUUAGAAGCCAGAGCUGCUAGUUUCGUUGGUCCUCCACCCCCUGUCUUUGCAGGACCAGUCCCUCCAGUACGUCCUCCCAUGCUGAGACCAGCCUUUGUCCCCCAUAUCCUGCAGAGGCCCGUUGGUCCGAGGAUGCAGAUGAUGCGUGGUCCUCCAAUAGCACCUCCUCUGCCCCGGCCUCCUCCACCUCCUCCCAUGAUGCUCCCUCCUUCCAUGCAGGGCCAAUCACCUCAGGGACCCUCUCAGCCCAUCCAGCACAUGGCGGCCCCACCUCAGGUCCGCAAUAUGGUCUCCAUGGUGUCAGCCCCGCCCACGAGACAGGGACCCCCGCCUCCUGUCAAACAGACGCCGUCAAUCAUUCAGGCAGCACCCACCGUGUACUCUGCUCCUCCUGCCCCGUCUGGACAUAAAAGAAUUGACGUUCGAGCUCAGAGACAAGCCAGAAUGGAGGAGCUGGCAGCGCGGGUUGCGGAGCAGCAGGCAGCAGUGAUGGCAGCAGGUCUACUGGACAAGAAGGAGAGCGAAGACAACGGCGCCGUCAUUGGACCCAGCAUGCCUGAGCCCGAGCCCCACACAGAGCCUGUGGAAAGUGCUACAGAGGACAAAAAGAGAUCAAAGUCGGAUAAGGUGAAGAAGUGUAUCCGUACUGCAGCGGGGACCAGCUGGGAGGACGCCAGUCUGUUGGACUGGGAAUCAGAUGAUUUCCGUAUAUUCUGCGGUGAUCUGGGCAAUGAGGUGAAUGAUGACAUCCUGGCCAGAGCCUUCAGCAGAUACCCGUCUUUCCUCAAAGCAAAGGUGGUGAGAGACAAACGCACAGGAAAGACCAAAGGCUACGGCUUCGUCAGCUUCAAAGAUCCAAACGACUACGUCAGAGCCAUGAGAGAGAUGAACGGUAAGUAUGUUGGCAGUCGUCCCAUCAAACUGAGGAAGAGCAUGUGGAAGGACCGCAACAUGGAAGUGGUGCGCAAGAAGCAGAAAGAGAAGAAGAAACUGGGCCUUAGAUAGAGACAGUGUGUGUGUGAGAGUGUGUGUGUUGUGCCGCCCAUUGGACCGACAACAUCGUGUGAGAGCGUACUGAGGAUUGUACAGGUGUCGACUCUUUUUUUUCCUUCCUUAAAUAAAACCAUAAUUUCUUAGUUGUUCACUGUUCAUUUUACCUGAUGUGUUCACCAGAAUACAUUUUUACUUCUACUCCUUGUAGAGGUACUAAUUCGGAUUUAAAUCCAUUGUGCGGUCACUGUAUUUAUAUCA